AUGUCGAAAUUAGUAUUAUCAUAUUUAUUCAAAACAAAUUUAGCAGAAUUUCGUUCGGCUAUAUUGGAUGAUAAUACUGAUAGAAUUUGUCGUAUUUUGGAUAUUGAACGUGAUUGUCUUAACAAACAAAUAGAUAGUGAUGGAAAUACAGCUCUUUUAUUAGCAAUCAAAUAUGCAACACCGUUAACUAUUCGUUUAUUACUUGAACAAGGUGCUCGACCUGAUGAAUCAAAUCUAAUUACAUUUCAAACACCGCUUGCUUUAGUAGCUUCUAAAGUGUAUCAAGAUUAUCACUCACAUAAUGCAAAAAGAAAACUUGAAAUGGCUGAAAUUCUCUUAGAAUAUGGGGCUUAUGUAGAUAAACCUGCACCACAUCAUUAUAAAGAUGAAGAUGGUCAAGAGUAUUCAGUCAAAGAAACACCGUUAAUGACAGCUGUAAGACAAGGAAAUUUACCAUUGGCAAAAUUAUUAAUUAAAAAAAAAGCAAAUGUUCAUUAUAUUCAAAGACAUUCAGGAAUGCGAGCUAUUCAUUAUGCAAUAACAAAUGGAAAUGAAGCUAUGUUUGAUUUAUUAGAAAAUGUUGGUGCUGUAUGUAAUCCUUUAGUGACAAAUGGCGGAAACACUUUAUUACAUUGGUUUUGUUAUAAAAAAGAAAAUGAUGAACAUACAUCUUUAUUAAAUAAAUUAAUUGAAAAAUCAUGUAAUAUCAAUGCGAAAAAUUCUAAUGGACGGACUCCAUUAAUGUUAGCUGUUAAAUGUAAUAUGACAAAUACAUGUCGUAUACUUUUGAAAAAUGAAGUUGAUAUUGAGGAAUUUGAUUGUAAUGGUAAUAAAGCUAUUGAUUUAUCAAUACCAGGUAGUGCAUGCUCAAGUUUACUUCUUCAAAAAGCAAAUCAUCAAAAAUCUAAAUCAAAUAUACAGAAUAGUCAAUCUAUUGAAUCAAAGUCUAAAAUCGUUUAUAAACGACAGCUUAGUAAUGGACGUCGAUCUGCUGUUGAAUUUAGUGAUAUUAAUUCUGAUGAAACAAAAGAUCAGUCUACUCCGCCUAAAUCUCCUAAUGGAGGAGGAAAAAAAAUUCCACCACCUCAUCCACAUGUUUGUCAUGUUCAACGAUUAAAUAGUGCAGAAAUAGAUGUCAAGCAUGAACAUAUAUGGGGAAAAUUACUACAAAAACGUCACAAACGACAAGAUCCAAGUAAGUUAUCCAGACAACAAACAUAUCCUAUUGAUGUGAAAUAUAAGUUGUAA